GCCGCCGCACGGAGAAGCGAGCAGCUGAGGCCGCUCAGGGCUGCGCCUCGCCGGAGCUGUGUGAGAAAGUGCACCCGCACCAACUGAUGCCUGAUUCGUAUGUUCAACAAUAUGGUUUCCUGACAACAAGAAAGCAGCAUAUCAGAUGUUUACAUUCAUUGAAGAGUUUGUAGAUAUCAGUGCUGGUUUCUGCAAGAUGUGAAGGGACUCACCGCUAGGGAACCUAGUAUGGUGUAGUCAACAAAGCUCAAAAUGUCUGCUAUUGGUAAUGUGGCCAUCGGAGAGAUGAAAGGUAUCUUGCCUUGUUUUCUCUGAACUUGACAAAAUCAACAUCAUGUGGGCAAAAUAAAACAGAAAAGAAACUUGUUCUGAAUAACAGAAUGCCAAAGAAAAGGAAAAAUCUGGGUGUGAGUCCCUCCAGGAAAAUCGUGGAUUCUGAGAGAAUGGCUGCUUCUGGUGAAGGACUGGUACCACCUCCAGGAGAUGUGUCAGUGUCACGAGCAAUUUACAGUGUCAAUAAGGAAGAGCUCUUAAACAACAUGUCAGAAAUGUUUUCUGACCUGGAUCCUAGUGUGGUUUAUAUGGUGCUGUCUGAAUGUGAUUUUAAAGUUGAAAAUGCUAUGGAUUGUCUGCUAGAACUUUCCACAGCUGCUAAGGGAGUAGCAUCUUCAAAAGUCUCAGGUUUUGAUUCAAUAGCAUCAUCUCUAUCUCUUGUUAACCAGCAAAGCUCUGUUGCAAAUGAAAUAGUGGGUGAAAGUUGUGCAAAAGAAGAUAUUGUGAACUUUAAAGAAGAAUCAGAAAAGAUCCCAUCACCUGAUAUUCAGCUGACUGAAGAGCUAGAUUCCUUGAUACAAACUGCUUUUGAGAAAUACAAUCUGAAAGACAAAUUGUAUGAUUCCACAAAUGACAAAAUCACAGGAAAGCAGCCUAUGACAUUGGACCAGAGUAAUUCUAAUGGCAUUAAUGAAUUUCCUGAGAGUGAAAAAUCCAGUUUAGGGUUUAAUGUCCUGCUUUCUCUGCAGCAAGCAGAGACAGAGAAUGAGAAGUUAGAAAACUUCUCUAUGUUAAUCUCAGAGAGUCACAAAUCUUCUCAGCCAGCUGUAAGUAAAUCUAGCAUUCAAACAAAGGAUAGUUCAUCAGCUGACAUGGACAUUUUUGCACAAGUAUCAGUAAGCUCUAGUCUGCCAGAAAUUGAUACUGACAAUGCUUCAGAAGUCAUUAAACCAACAAACUCGGAAGUGGCUUGUAGAAAGCUUGAUCAAUCACAGAAUAUUGUUUCAGACCAUGGAACUUUGAAUUUCUUCCAGGGAGCUGUAGAAGCUGGUACAACAGCUAGUGGAAAUUCUAGCUCAAAAUGCCUUGAACAACAGGAAGGUGUAACGGCUGUGUGUAGUGGCCAAAAAAGCAUUUCUCUCCCUGAAGUGUUUGAAUCUCUUGAAGGAUCCAGUUUCAAAUCGCCACAACUUGCAGAUGUUCAGCAGGGAUGGAAUUUACAUUUUUCUCAACCUCCACAGCCUCCUUGGAAUCCAAUGGCUCCUGUGUUUUAUCCCUCAAGUGGAAGUCACAGCUUUGUAAUUCCAGUAGCUAUCAGUCCGGGACAAUGGAGGCCUGUUUCAGACUACAGGACGCAUGGCAAAGGAAUGCCUUUUCCUCCUCCAGUGGUUUCACGUGUCUGGGAUAGCAACGCUUCUCCGAAGGUAUGGGGAAAUCAAGAUGGAAUCCAAAAAACGAACCUCUCUCAAGUACACCAACCACCUGUUUGUCCGGUGAUGAGAAAAAAGACACAUCUUGUAGGUCAAGUACUUGUUCUUCUCAGAGGGGUGCCAGGAUCAGGAAAAUCUUUUUUGGCAAGGACUUUGCUUGAGGAUAACCCAAGUGGAAUCAUUCUUAGUACUGAUGAUUACUUUUACAAAAACGGACAAUAUCAGUAUGAUGCAAAUUGCUUAGGAGAAGCACAUGAAUGGAACAGGAAACAAGCCAAAGAAGCAUUUGAAAAGAGAAUCUCUCCUAUAAUAAUAGACAACACAAACAUACAGGCAUGGGAGAUGAAGCCUUACGUUGCUUUGUCUCAGCAGUACAAAUACAAAGUAAUGUUCCGAGAGCCUGAUACUUGGUGGAAGUUUAAACCAAAAGAGCUUGAAAGGCGAAACAUUCAUGGUGUAUCUAAAGAAAAGAUCAAAAGAAUGUUGGAGAGAUAUGAACGUUGCCUUACUGUUAACUCAAUCUUGAAUUCUACUGUCCCAGACAAAUCAGAAAAUGCUGAUUGGAAUGAAGAUCCUUGUCAGGGGGAAGGUUAUGGGCAAAAAGAGAUACAUGUAUAUGUGAAAGAAGAGACCCUUUUUACUUUAGCUUCAAAGCCUCCUGAAUUAGCUGAAGAGGAGAAACAUGCAUCUUCUACAUCUUCAGCAGUAGAAAAUAAAUUUGCAGAUAAAUAUUUUCGAAAAGAAGAGGAGGAAAUUGAAAAUAAUUUAAGAGAACAUGUUUCUGAGAAUAGCAUUAUUCAAGGUAGUGUGGAUAUCAGUUUAUCAGAUUAUGAAGAAAAAGAAGUGCCUUUGGGGAAAAAAGCUGUAAAGAGAGAAGAAAUACAUAGAAUUACUGAAACAGAAACUAGUAAAACUAAUGAGGUGAAAUCUGAAGAAACCACACACUUGCAUAUCUGUUCUUGUGAACAUAUUCAAGAACAUAGUGACAAGAUUCUGGAAGUUCAAACUGAAAAGGAGCAGUACAAUGAAAUUGCAGUAGAACCAGUAGUUACACAUGAAAGGAACAUUAUAAAACAAAAUAGUUCAUCUUUGGAUGUAUCAGUGAGGCCAGAAUUAUUAAACUUUCUGGGUGACUGGCCUGUAGAACAAUCAAUCAGGCAGAGAACCAAAAGGACUAGAAGAAUAGAAAAAUUUUCUAUGAAGACUGAUAAAGAGGAUAAAGCAACCAGCCAGCAUCUUCUUGAUUCACACAAGGCACAAGUGGACCUGGCAGAUAUUCAGCAGGAAGUACUACAUGGUGAAAAAAGACAGAGGGAGGAAAAUUUAGUCUGUGACUCUUUCUGUGUUCUUGGUGCAGAUAAAAUUACCCCAGAAUUGCAAAUGAUGGGAGACUGGCCUGCUAUGAGCUCUUUGCAGCAGAGGCAACAUAGAUCAAGGAGAAUAUCAAAGAGAAGUCUAAGUGAAUCUGAUGAAGCUGGAAAUAAUAAAUGUGAUAUACACAAAAAUGUUCUUGACACAGUGGAUGUGCUUCAUGGAACAUCUGUGAGCAUUGAAGAGCUACAGGACACAGAGACAUCAAAUUUUCAAGAACCUGAAAGAAUAGCUAGUGAAAACAUCAGUGAGAAAAAGCCCCAACAAAAUAAAAGAACACGGAAGCAUCAUAAAUUAGCCCUCACAUUUACCAACAGCAGUGUGGCCCUCUCCAAACCAGAACAGUUGUCAACGCUUAAUUUGCUGGAAGAGAAACCUGAAAAACACAUCUGUAAACAACCAAGCAGGUAUUCACAGACUGAGCCACAGGAUUUCGCGCUCUUAUGGAGAUUAGAAAAGAAAAUUAUUAUUUCUGAGAAUAUUCUUUCCGAGAAUACCAAAGUAUUACAUGGCAGAUUAGAAUCAUUCAGACCAAAAGACAUGGAUGCUGCUUCAAGUUCUCAAGAAAAAAUACCCUAUAGAGUUAUGUAUGAUAAAAGCACAUAUGUGGAAGAAAGUGAACUUAUCAGUAUUGAUGAAUCUGAAAAUCUGAAUGUUCUUUGUAAGCUGUUUGGGUCCUUUUCAUUUGAUGCAUUGAAAGACUUAUAUGAAAGAUGUAACAAGGACAUUGUCUGGGCCACAAGCCUGCUAUUGGAUUCUGAUGAAAAGUUGUGUAAAGGCGAAGACAUUGAAUGUUUGCAGGAGGCAGGAACUGAGCCAGCUACCACAGACCUUGAAUUCAAGGAAAAUACAAACUAUGGAGAGAAUCUUAAAAAUUCUGACCAAACCAGCCAAAUAAUUGGGACUGAUGGUAUCACUCAACUUUCAGAAAACAAUUUAUCAGUGUGUUAUGCAGAGAGUGAAACUGCAGACAUACUUGAGACAGAUGCUAAAAUAUCUGACUCAUUAACAAGACUUCCACUGAGUGCUUCAGUAAAACUCAAAAAUACCAAGGACAUUGCUCCCAGAACUCAGGCAGAAGAUUCAGGAACAGAUAUCAUUGAGCAGUCUGUUUCAGAUACACAGAAAAUAAACUUAAAGGCGAUGAGCCUUGUUAAUGAAACAGAAGAAAAACCAGUGGUGUCACAGCUUGAUGUGGGCUUAUGUCUACCUGUGACUUUAUCUAAGGUGCUUAACACUGCUCCAACCAUUUUGAAACCCAAAUUAAAUAAGGAGGUAGACAAUAAACUUUCAGAAACAUAUCUAGAGAGUUCCAAAGUAAAUAAUAUGAUUCUUCCGUUACUGCAAAUGGAUCAAGCACCUUUGAAGAACUGUGCAAGUGAUGAAGAAGAACUGGAAACCUAUAAAGAAACUCAGGGGAAUGAUAUGAUAUCAAUUGGAGGUAAUAGGGAAGAAAGCAAACCUUCUAAUAUGGAUGAAGAUAGAACCAAGAUAUUGAACCCUACUUUAUUAUCCUCGGAAUCCAUGAAUAUAAAUUGUCUAGAAUUGGCAUUACCUCCUGAACUAGCCCUUCAACUGAAAGAAAUAUUUGGGCCAGUUGGCAUUGACUCAGGAUCACUAACUGUUGAGGAUUAUGUGGUUCAUAUAGAUCUGAAUCUGGCCAAAGUGAUUCAUGAGAAAUGGAAAGAAUCUAUUAUGAAGAGACAAAGGAAGGAAGAUGAAUAUUAUAAGCUGCUUAUGCAAGAUCUGGAUGACUCCAAUACAAUCUUAUCUCAGAGGACAGACAGUAAACUGCAGAGAGAAAAAAUGGCCUGUCCCUCUCAGUCAUCAACAGAGAGACACAGUGAAAAUCUAGCAACAUCAGAAAUUUUCCCUUUUAUGGAUCACUGGAAUGCACAGACUCAAAGAGUAUCACUCAGAGAAAUAAUGUCUGAAGAAAUAGCCUUACAGGAGAAACAGGACCUGAAACGUGUUCCUUCCAUGGCUAGAAAAGACUGUGCUGCCAGGUUGAAGGAGAAGCAACUCUUUGAGAUGUUCCCAACCAUAAAUCAAAACUUCUUAAUGGACAUCUUCAAGGACAACAACUACUCCUUAGAACAGACCGAGCAAUUUCUGAACUGUGUCCUGGAGGCAGACCCUGUAAAAACGGUUGUAGCUCAAGAGAUUGCUCAGCAAAGUGACACUCUCCCUUCCUGUAGUGCUAUAAAGAACCGAGAGAAAAAGGCAAAAAAAUCCAAGGAGGCUGAAGAUGUUUUGAAUGAGAUGGUGUUCCAAGACAUUGAGUACCCUGGGUAUGAUGACUUUAGAGCAGAGGCUUUCCUUCACCAGCAAAAGAAACAAGAAUGCUUAAAAAAAGCAGAGGAGGCCUAUCGCAUGGGUAUGAAGCCUGUGGCAACAUUUUAUGCACAACAGGGUCGCCUUCAUGAGCAGAAGAUGAAAGAAGCAAACCAUGAUGCUGCUGUGCAAAUCUUUGAGAAAGUAAAUGCAUCCCUGCUGCCUGAGAAUGUUUUGGAUCUGCAUGGUCUUCAUGUAGAUGAAGCCAUUAAUCACUUGUCCAGAGUACUACAGGAGAAAAGCCACGAGUACAAGCAGACUGGUGGUAAACCAUAUCUGUGUGUGAUCACGGGAAGAGGAAACCAUAGCCAGGGAGGAGUUGCUCGCAUCAAACCAGCAGCCAUUAAAUACCUCACAAGCCACAACUUCAGGUUCACAGAAAUAAAACCAGGCUGCCUGAAAGUCAUGCUGAAGUAA